AUGCAAGCUCCAUCUAAAAACUCAAGUCAAUCUCAUAAUCCGACAGAGCCGUUGGCCAAUGCACCAGCUUACAAAUGUGGUUGGCUUUACAAAAGAGGUGAACAUAUAAAAACUUGGCGUCCACGUUAUUUUAUACUUCGUCAUGAUGGUCAUUUAUAUGGUUAUCGUAAGCCUCCAGUUAUAAAUGAUGCACAACAAGAAGAACCACUGAAUAAAUUUCAAGUGACUGAUUGUAGUGUUGUACGUCAAGAUAAAAUAAAACAAAAUGCAUUUGUUAUACAAUUUAAUCAAAUGAAAAUAGAACGAUUAUUUGCUGCUAGCAGUCAACAAGAUCGAGAAGAAUGGAUAACAGCUAUUGAAAUAAUCAAUCGACAAACAGCGCCACACUUACAACAACAGCCACCACCACCACCAUCAAAUCAAACUAUACAAAUGGUCACAAAUGAUGAUGUUGACAGUACAGAAAAUGAUUAUCCUGUAAUCAAUGAAGUAUUUUCACGACGACCACAAAUCAAUGAUUUUGAAUAUUUAAAAAUUCUUGGCCGUGGUACAUUUGGAAAAGUUGUUCUAUGCCGAGAGAGAACAACACAGCGAAUAUUUGCUAUGAAAAUGUUACGAAAAAGUCUUGUUAUAACAAAUAAUGAAGUUGUACAUACUAUGGAUGAAAAUAAAAUCCUCAGGCAUAUUCAACAUCCGUUUAUUACGAAUUUAAUUUGUGCAUUUACAACAAGUGAUCGACUUUGUCUCGUCAUGGAAUGUGUAAAUGGUGGUGAACUUUUUUUUCAUUUAAAUCGUGAAAAACGUUUCUCAGAAGAACGUGUAAGAUUUUAUAUAGCUGAAAUAGCUUGUGUUAUUGGAUAUUUACAUUCAAGAAAAAUUAUUUAUCGUGAUAUCAAACUGGAAAACAUUUUACUCGAUCGUUUUGGCCAUAUUAAAUUAGUUGAUUUUGGUUUAUGUAAAACUAAUGUACCAUUUGGACAAACGACAGUUACGUUUUGCGGUACACCACAAUAUAUUGCACCAGAGAUUCUUCGACUGACAUCCUACACAAAUGCAAUCGAUUGGUGGGGUAUCGGUAUUGUAAUGUAUGAAUGUCUUGUCGGUCGAUUGCCAUUUGCUGAUAGUAACAGUCAAGAUGGUCUUUUUCAAAAAAUUCUCAAUCAUGAACCAGCAUACCCAGCUCAUCUAUCAUUAGCAGCACUUGAUUUAAUAAAACGUUUUCUUACAAAAGAACCAACGGAACGUAUCGGUUCUGGUAUUGAAGAUGGCAUUGAAGUUGAACGACAUCCAUUCUUUAAGAGCAUUCCUUUUCGUUUAUAUGAAGAAAAAAAAAUUGAACCACCAUUUAAACCAGACCUUGAUUCAGAUACAGAUACACGUUAUUUUGAUUCCGAAUUUACUAAUGAACCCGUUUGCAUAACACCACCUGGUAGUAAUGAUUCUUUAAAUGGUCUCGGCCUUCCCGAUGAUGCUUUUGAACGUUUCACUUACGUUGGCCAUGAUGGUUUAAGUCAUUUUGCGUCACAUUCAAUAUUAUCUAUGACAUCUUCAUAUGCUGCUCGUUCACAAUCAAAUAUUUAUCUUGAUGAUCCUGAUUGUUGCAAUCAAUAUUCAAGUGUUCAUAAUUUACCAGUUCAAUAUUCUGUUUCAACAAUGAAUAUGCCAUCUAUGAUUGCCGCUGCUUCAUCAGUUCCAUCAUCAUCAUCAAUGCUAAAAAGUACUACAAGUAUGCAACAGUUAAAAGAUCCAACAAGAAAAAUGAACAUGAGAACAUCAGAUAUAAAUGAUCAGCAUAAUAUGAUCAUGGAUCAAGAUCAAGAUCAUGAUAUAUCAAAACAACAAUCAACAUUAUCCAUACCAGAUGUAUAUGAACAACAAUUAAUGCAUGAACGUCUUAUGUGUAUACAACAGAUUAUGGCUAGUGGACAAAAUUUUGCCUCAAUGUUUAAUGAUGAUCCACAUUUUGCUCAACAAAUUAUGUCUUAUGCAUCAUCUGGCGGUCGUUAUCAACAACAAGAAGAACCCAAAGUUAUUGAAAUAAUGGACGAAUAG